AUGGAGGCAGAAGCUCAUGAAAAGCCUCCUGGUGGCAACCACGCUCCAUCGCCGGACAACGAUGAGAUGGAACACCUGAGUAUAGGAAGAUAUCUCUGGACGAGACUGCCGACGCUGAUACCACCGAUGAAUCCCGCCCCUAAUCCAUUUAAGGCGCUUGCUCUUCUCAAUAGACAACAAUGGCUUUUCUUCUUGGUCGCGUUUCUAGGCUGGUCGUGGGACGCAUUUGACUUUUUCACGGUUUCUCUAACAACUUCUCAAUUGGCAGAGGCCUUCGAUAAAUCCGUUUCCGACAUCACCUGGGGAAUUACCCUCGUACUCAUGCUUCGAUCCGUGGGAGCCAUCACCUUCGGAAUUGCCUCCGAUCGCUGGGGUCGGAAGUGGCCGUUUGUUGUCAAUAACGUCCUCUUUAUCGUGUUGGAGUUAGGUACUGGCUUUUGCCAGACCUAUAAGCAGUUCUUAGCUUGCCGCGCUCUCUUUGGGAUUGCCAUGGGUGGUCUUUAUGGAAAUGCAGCAGCAACAGCGCUCGAGGAUUGUCCCUUGGAAGCGCGAGGUAUCGUGUCUGGCCUGCUCCAGCAGGGGUACGCAUUCGGUUACCUGCUGGCCACUGCAUUUGCACGGGGAUUGGUCGAUACCACUUCUCAUGGAUGGAGACCGCUGUACUGGUUUGGCGCCUGUCCUCCCGUUUUGAUUAUUCUCUUCCGGUUGUGUCUGCCGGAGACCAAUACAUUCCUUCAGCGGCAGGCUACUCGAGAAAACGUUCGAGGUGGAGUAGCGUCAUCCUUCAUCUCAGAAGACCUGUAUCCGACCCUCUUGAAAAGCGAGUUUAGCUUCUCUGCCAACGCAGUGACCGUUACUCAGGUUGUCGCCAACCUAGGAGCCCUCACUGGUGGGACACUCUGUGGGUGGGCAAGUCAGAUCUUUGGGCGUCGGUUUUCUAUCAUCGUGAUCAGCAUCGUCGGUGGUGCGCUUCUAUAUCCCUACACCUUCGUCACCUCAACCGACGUCAUGGCCGCAGCGUUCUUUGAGCAGUUUUGCGUGCAGGGCGCGUGGGGAGUGAUCCCCAUCCAUUUGAUGGAGCUGUCUCCGGGAGCAAUUCGCACCUUCACGGUGGGAACGGCCUACCAGUUGGGCAACCUGGUCUCGUCGGCCAGUUCCACGAUUGAAUCCACGAUCGGCGAGCGCUUCCCCCUGCCACCCACUAAGACGGAAAAACAUCGAUACCAGUAUGGGAAAGUCAUCUGUAUCUUCAUGGGUUGUGUGUACGCCUACACAAUUAUAGUGACCUUCCUGGGGCCGGAGCGCCUGGGCCGCCAAUUCGAUGUUGCGCAUGAUACUGAUAUGGCGGAGGUGGCCGCCCAUCGUGGGACGACUACGGUGGGGAAAGGUGCCGAGAGCGAUGUGGAGAAAGGCACUGUCUCUCGGAUUGAAGGAUAG